UGUGCGUAGAGAUCUGCCUUAACCAGCCACGCGUACUGAGGCUUUACCACCAGUGCUAGCACAGGGGUGCACAGAGACCGGCAGAGCCAGUGAUCAAACAGGGACAGCAUCAACAGAACAGCUGCUCAUACAGAUUGCGUAGAUACCUGCCGGGAACGCAAGAUCCCAGGUGAAAAAAAGCUUGUGUCGAUUUUGAUCGUCAGACGCAAUGAGAGCUCAAAUCGAGGUGAUCCCCUGCAAAAUCUGCGGGGACAAGUCUUCGGGGGUGCACUAUGGUGUGAUCACGUGUGAGGGGUGCAAGGGUUUUUUCCGGCGCAGUCAGCAGGCCAGCGUGUCGUACUCCUGCUCCCGGCAGAAGAGCUGUGUGAUCGACCGGACGAGCCGAAACCGCUGCCAGCACUGCCGACUGCAGAAGUGUGUGGCAACCGGGAUGUCCCGGGACGCGGUGAAGUUCGGACGCAUGUCUAAGCGUCAGCGAGAGAGCCUGUUCGCGGAGGUGGAGCGAGUCAAACAGCAGCAGCAGAACCUGCAGCAGGAGCACCACAGCCCAGGGGAGGCAGACGCCCUCGUCACCUUCCCCAGCAAAGACCUCCUCAACGGGCAGGGCCGGCUGGGCGAGCCCCAGGAUCCGGCCUACCCCUUCGGCAAAUCCUCCCAGGCGGAACCCAAGCCGUACCCCAGCGAGGAGGAAGAGGAGGGGAAGGGGAAGGGGAGGGGAAAGGGGAGGGGGGCGGAUGUGGGGAGCAGGUUUAACCCCCUUGAAUCCAGGCAGCCGUCUCCAGACCAGUCUUAUCUUGAGACCAGGCGCUUUCAGCCGGCCGGUGAAAUCAACAGCAUGGCGGAUUUUUUCAGCUUCUUCUCCAGCAACAUUGAAACUCCCUCCUCGACCGCGCACGAGAACGACUGUCUGACUGCCAACAUCGUGAAGUCUCACAGGGAGACGUGCCAGUACAGAGUGGAGGAGCUGCAGGCCCUGCGCUGGAAAGUGUUCAGCAGGGAGGAGGUGCUGGCUUACCAGAGCAAGUCUGUAGAGGAGAUGUGGCAGCGUUGUGCUUACCGGCUCACAGACAGCAUCCAGUACGUGGUGGAGUUCGCUAAGAGGAUCGACGGAUUCCUGGAGCUGAGCCAGAACGACCAGAUAGUGCUGCUCAAAGGAGGUUCUCUGGAGGUGGUUCUCGUGCGGAUGUGUCGCUCAUUCAACCCUGACAACGGGACCGUGUUCUUCGAGGGCAAAUACGGUGGGACGGAGGUCUUCAAAUCACUGGGGUGCAAUGACCUCAUUGCCGCGAUCUUUGAGUUCUCUCAGAGCCUGUGCGCGCUGCACCUGUCUGAACAGGAGGUGGCGCUCUUCACCGCUGUGGUGCUGCUCAACCCAGAGCGUGCGUGGCUGCAGGAUAAGGAGAAGGUGGCGAGGCUGCACAGUCACGUGGACGUGGCCUUCAAGAACACGCUGCAGAGGAGCCACAGAGACACCGUGCUGAGCAAGCUCUCUCAGAAGACGCUCCAGUUGAAGUCUCUCUGCUCGCUGCACAUCGACAGGCUCCGCUCAUUCCUGGAGCUCCGCCCCCUGCUCGCUCACUCGCUGUUCCCCCCCCUCUACCACGAGCUGUUCAGCGACGGCCCUGACACCCCCCUGGAGUGACAGAGAGGGAGGGAGGGGGGCACCUACAGCCACGGAGCCACGCGCUUCACCUGCUGCAGAAAGACCGGGCUGAUGUGAAACCGGACAGCAUUCGACUCACUGUACCACCACACUGCUGACUGACAGCUCAUCUUUCUACAGCUCUGCCCCUGUUCUCACUCGUAGAACCGCUGCUGGCCUGGGCCACAGUGCCACCUAGCCACCAGAGGAGCAAAUUCACUCACUGCACAUUUACUGUUUCAACACAGGGGUAUUUCAAACAAUUUAAAAACUAUUUCAAACA